AUGUCGUCGAGAACACUGGCAUCGCUGUGCCCCAGAUGCCAACUGACCUUACGGCCCCAACCAUUCCCGCGACUGAGAACUUCGCCAUGGUUCACGCAAAAUGCCGCCUACCGUUCGGCGGCGAAAGAGAAGCCGUCGCGCAUGGUUCUCUCUGACAACGUCGCGAAACCCCGAAGCAGAGAUGCCCGCCCGCCGAGACGACAGGUCGAGGGGCCUUUUGGUGGCAUGAACCAGACAUUCGCCAGAGUCCCGGAAGGGCCCCGCCGUGCCGCUUCGCGGCCGACCAACUCGAAAGCGCCGUCAGGCAGACCUAGCAGAGGAGGCGAAUCCCAGUCCUCGUCCGAUCCGAGAAAGGCGCUCAAGAUGCAACGGUCUCUGGCAGGUGUGUCGUACGGAAAGAGAAACGUCCUGAAAGACAGGAUGCAGGAAUACGAUUCUUUUGACCAGUUCGACCUUAUCCCUGCCGUCAAGAACGCCAUCAGCGAAGAUCUCCUGCGAGGGAUGGUAGACAUCAAGCCGACGCCCGUCCAGAGGCUUGCGAUCCCGGCCAUGCUGGGCCAGACCAGCGCGUUCAAGGUCAGAGGAGAGAAGAGGCAGGACUUUUUGCUCGCGGCCGAGACCGGUUCAGGCAAGACGUUGGCCUACCUGCUGCCCGCCGUCAAUGCCAUGAAGAUUGCCGAGGAGGCAAACCCCGAUAUCCAGGCCUACAAGAAGCGCUUCGAGGAGGAGAGGGCCAGGGAAAAGACAUCCAAGUCGAAAAAAUUAUCCUCGUUUGACGAGCCGCACCCAACCUUGGCAAGACCUCGGGUCAUUGUCCUGGUUCCUUCUGCGGAGCUCGUCGACCAGGUCGGCAGAGUGGCCAAGAUGCUCUCCCAUGCCGUCAAGUUCAAGUCGGAGAAGCUUUCUGCCAACAUCAGCGCCACUGCGAUCCAGCGGAACUUGUACUCGCCGCGCGGCGUCGACAUGGUCAUCGCAACGCCUCACUUGCUCGCUUCAAUCGCCGACUCCGACCCCAACGUGCUCUCUCAGGUCAGUCACCUGAUCGUCGACGAGGCCGACUCACUCUUCGACCGAAGCUUCGCACCCGUCACCACGACCAUUAUCGACAGGGCGAUGCCGUCGCUGAAGCAGUUCAUUCUUUGUUCGGCGACCAUCCCCAAGAGACUGGACAACUACCUGGCCAACAACUUCCCCGACAUGACCCGCAUCACGACGCCGAACCUUCACGCCAUCCCCAGAAGAGUCCAGCUCGGUGUCAUCGACGUCGUCAAGGACCCCUACCGCAACAACAAGAACCUGGCCUGUGCUGACGCCAUCUACACCAUUGGCCGCGAGGCGUCCAAGCAUGAGGGCCCGAUUCAGGGCGAGAUCGACGUUCGCCGCGUCAUGGUUUUCGUCAACGAGCGCGAGAAGACGACGGAGGUGGCUGAGUAUCUCCAGUCCAAGGGCAUCGACGCCGUUGCGCUGAACAGAGACACGGCCGAGAACCGCCAGUCCGAAAUGCUUAACUCGUUUACGUCGGCGGAGCCCCUGCGCUCAAUUGUGUCCGAGUCUCUCCCUGAGGGUAAGCGGUCGCUACCCAACACCAAGGUCAUUGUCGCCACCGACCUGGCAUCUAGGGGCAUCGACACGUUGGCGGUGCGGCAUGUCAUUCUCUACGAUGUCCCACAUACCACCAUCGACUUCAUCCAUCGUCUGGGAAGAGCUGGACGCAUGGGACGUCGUGGAAGGGGUAUCGUGCUUGUUGGAAAAGACGACAAGAGGGACGUUGUUUCCGAGGUCAAGGAGAGCAUGUUCAUGGGCCAAGCUCUUAUUUAA